GCUCCGUCUGUCAUCUCUGCUUACAACAUUAAGAUACGUCACUUAUUUCAUACGUUUUACCAAGUAAUUGUUAAUUUGACAGAUAUUGGUUAACAUCCUGCAAUGUACAUGAAAUUACGUGUCAGUGGUUUCGGAUAAACCGACAGCAGAAUGACCUGCAUUUAUCAUAUUUCUCUAUUGCCAUGACGUGUACGAUUAAUGAUGUCUCUACCAAGAAAGCAUGGGAACAAGGUUAACGUCGAUUACAAAGCACGACUCGAGCACAAAUUAUAUCUGGCAAGAGAAAAUCCAGAACCAAUAUUCGAUGUAUCAGAAUGCGCUUUAAAAAAUGUACCCUCCGGUAUUUAUUCGUUGUGUAAAGUGUUCAGGAAAAAAGUACUAUGGAUGAACAAUAACAAAUUAACUUCACUUUCGGGGGGAGGUGCCUUAAAUGAUUUGUCAUUACUCGUUGUGUUAGAUAUUCAUGGAAAUGAAUUUACCGAUUUACCCUCCGACAUAAUGUGUCUUGUCUCACUCAAGGAGCUUUAUUUACAAGACAACAAUAUAAGGAAACUACCAAACGAAAUAGUACAUUUAAGUAAAUUGAGUAUCUUAAAUAUUGCGAAUAAUAAUUUGAAACAGUUGCCAGAAACAAUGGGAAAGUUAAAGCAGUUAACUACGUUGAACAUUAGUCAAAAUAUAUCCCUUCAGAAACUUCCUAAAUCAUUGGGUUAUGCGCAACAAUUGGCACAGUUGGACAUCAAUGGAUUAAACCUGUCUUAUCCGCCUCAAGAUAUUGUGAACGGAGGUACAAUAGUAAUCGUAGCAUUUUUAGCGAAUGAGAGCGGCAUCGAAUUUUCACCAGAAGAAUCUGUUUCGAAAUCAGAUUUAUCGAGAGACAUAAGUUCUGAAGAUAUGCAAGCGGUAUAUCAUAAUAAAAAUAACGAUGUACAGGCAGCAUUACAGAAGCUAACAAAAAUGAAGGAGUAUCGUCAAAGUGCAUUAUUGGAAGUGGAAAAAAAUAUCAAACAACAACAAGAGUACGAAGUUGGAAUUCAAUCGAUGUUGAAAAAGCAUAGGAAAAAGCUGUUGGAAGACCUUGCUUUACAACAAACGCAAUUAGAACACGAACUAGAAAAAGUACAACAAGAAAAGGAUUCUAACAGAACACGUCUACUUUCUUACAUUUAUAAUGCUGAAAAAGAUGCAGACAAUGUUAUUAAAGAAUUUCUAAGAAAUAGCGAAGAAGAAAGACAAAGCCAAGCUGAAUUACUCGAAAGAGAAAAACAAGAAGAAAUGCAAAUGUUAUCCUCUUGUCGUUCGGAACAAUUUAUAUUCCGUACGAAAGAUACCCUUCUUUCAAUGGAAAAGUUAUUGGAAGAGGAACUUCACAGAACCAGAAAAUUGGAAGAACAUAGUAAAUAUAGAGAUUAUACUGCGCAAUCUUUGCUCACAUUAGAAGUAAGAAAUAACGAUCAUUUAGCACAAAUAGUACAAAAUCAGGAAAAGAACAGACAAAAUUUAAUUGAUACGUUAAGGCAAGACAAAGUAUUACAAAAGGCUGCUGUUGCAGCGUUACUGGAACGCAGCGAUGCACGUUCUUGGAGUAUCGUGCAACAAGUGAACUUGGUGCAAUCGCAAUUAGCAGCGCUUACAGCCAUCGAGUUAGAGAAACGAAAACUAGAAAUUAACCAACAACUUAACGAUAUAGCUGAGAAACGAGUAACUUUGAGCGUUAUUCUGGUAAAUCUAUUAGAACAACAGAAAACCAGAAGAGAUGAACUUCUGGAAACAAUCAAUAACAUAGAACAGCAACGUUGUAUCAGCAAUUCUAAAAGAGGAAGUCAGUUUUGGUUAAUUCAAUAUCAGUUUUUAAUGGAAACCCGUCCUCAGGGUUUAUUAGAAAUGUUAGAACCUAUGCUAGUACGACAUGUGGCGAUAGCAGGGGCAUUGCAUUGUUUGCCGUUUUUAGCUUCUCUGCCAUCGUUACUUCCAGAUCUUAACGACGAACAAUUGAAGAGUAUUGGAAUACAUUGUCAAAGAGAUCGUGCUGCUAUAAAAUUGGCAGUUGAAAAUUAUUUAGCGGAAGCAAAGCUCAACGAAUACAGAACACCUGUUACGCCAUCUGCACCACCUGAAGAAGCAUGUACUAGUUCUAAUUACCAAGAAUGUAACACAACUCAGAGUAUCGAUACUGCCGAAUGUGUAAUAUGCCUUGAUUUACAAUGUGAAGUAAUUUUUCUACCAUGUGGACAUCUUUGUUGCUGUUCAGGUUGUGCAAAUAUGGUUAAUUCAGGUUGUCCAAUGUGUAGAAGUGCUAUAGAUCGCAAAAUUCACAUUGUAAAGCCUUGAAACCAAAAUAAUGCUUUUUUUUUUUGUAAAUAAUUCCAUUUAAUCUAUUUAUCCCUGAUGCUUUAUUUUUAUAAUAUGCGACUAUCGUUUAAACAACAUUUAUACGAAAAACAGCAAAUUACAGUAUACAUAUAUAUUUAUUUCAGACAUUUCCAAUUAUAUUCCAUUACGUAAAAUGUAUGACAUUUAUAUUUGUUCGCUGAAAGUAUUUUUUAAUUGUUUGCUGUCCUUUUCCAUUUUUUAAUUCAUAUUUAACGGUAAGCUUUAGUUUUAUUUUAAGCUCUUAUGAUUCCAAUUUAAAUAAUCGUUUUACAAAACAGUAAGUUUAAAUCGGGUGCAUGCGUGUUUGCAUCCAAUCUGUUAUUUUUCAAUGCCAUAAUGAUAGUUAUUUAUACCACUGAGAUAAUACAUUAUAAUCAUAUUUAAAAUAAGUUAAUAUUGCCUAACUUUUUUAAAUAUUAUUGUAGGAUAUUAUUAUGUAAUAAGUGUGUGAAUUUCGCGCGAACUGUGGUCGAGUGCGUCUUGGAUGGUUGUGUAGAGUGAGAGAGAUAAGAGUGAACUGUGGUGAAUGACGAGUGUUUGGGGUUUGGGUUAGAGUGAAACGUAGGGCGACGUUCUGCGCAGACGCGUGAAUGGUUUCUGUUUUUUCGAGUGGAUGCGCGCGUCACCGUGCGUGGUCUUUUGGGCGAGAGUUUAAUCUAAGUCGAACAGCGAGCGUGUAAAGAACGUCGAGAGGAGAGUUUUGAAAUAUAUUUAUUAAAAGUUGAAAGCUGUUUUCCUGCAAAUCCUACAUUAUCUACAAUGCAUAUACUAAGUAUUUGGAAAUAAAAUAAUAGAAUGAAUUGCAUUUAUUAACACUUGACUACAAAAUAUGAAUUUUUAACAUGGUCACUGACAUAUCUAUACAUGUAAUAGCCUUAUAAAUACUGUGAAGAGAAAAAACAUUUAAAUCUAUUAAAGUGGUUGAGAGUUAAUAAUGCAAAUGCCAAGAUUGUAAGCAAGCUUUUAUAAACGAUAGAAGUGAAUUUUUAUAAACAAAAAAUCGUAUGUAUGCAGUAUCUUAAAA